AUGCACGCCAAACCCGCCAUUCUGGCCGCCGCCCUAGGCCUGGCCUGCACCGCCUGCGCCGAACAAGAGCGGCCCAAGAUCUACUUCCCCCGUCACGUUAAACGACAGUUCACGAACUCGACCAUCACGAGGCAGGAGACAUUCCCAGCGCCCGAGAGCACCCCCUUCGAUUCUUCCUCGUCAUCGUUACCUUUUAGCUCAUCGUUCGGUGAUAUUCUGACGCGCCUGUCCGAUUCUUUCUUCGGCCCAACAUCGACCAAUCCAUCGAUAACGCCGCUGCCCACUCUCACUCCUGCCCCCGACCCCAACUUGGCUGCGUCCCUCUCGACCAUAACCACGUCACUUCAGACCCUCACAGACGGCAGAGUGACGACGGUCAUCAUAUCGAGUACCAUUAUUUUCGACCCAACCGAGACGACGGAAACCAGUAACCGUGUUGGACCAACGAGCUCUUUGCCCCCUGUCACUGUUCUGCCCACGAGCAUCGAACCGUCCACUAUUGCAGCGAGCGAAACGCCCGUGAGCUCGCAGGCAACGCCUACGAUUUCCGACGCAACUACCGCCAGCCAACCCAGCUCCGUUGAGCCCGUCCAGUCUUCCGCCCCUGUCGACGUUUCCACUACCCAGUCUCUUCCGUCGUCUUCUUCGUCGAUACUUAGUUCCGAAUCGGUGCAGCCGUCGGUGCAGGCGACCACUACUCCCGAGUCUUCGGCCGCCAUCCCUAGCUCCACAGCUCAGAGCACGUCUGAAGUGGCCACUUCGAGUAUCGAGGCCAGUCCUACCACGCCCGCAUCCUCAUCUGGCAUCCUUCUGGCACCGACGGGAGUUGUCUCAUCGACAUCUAACACGGUGCCCGCUAGCUCACUCACCGAGCCUGAGAGCACCAGCGCUAGCCAGGAACCCACUGACCCCGUUGCCAGUAACGCCGCCCCCAACGUCAACACUACCGAGCCUUCAGCUCCGACCUCGGUGACUUCCGUCGUCCCCCCCCUGGAACCAACAUCAGCCUCCGCGGUACAGUCGUCGGGCCCGUCCGCCGAAAACGUCUCGAUCGAGACGACUUCUUCCGCUGUCUCGGAGACUAGCAAAGCUCCUAACCCCCUGGACCCGAUAGUGUCUUUCCUCUCCAGUGAAGUAGCCGUUCCUACCAACACAACUGAGCCUAUCACCAAUGCUACCUCCAUCUCCGAAGUUCCUAUUACGACCUCUGGUCUCGUCAUUCCAACGCCCACCGCGCUCCCAGCCCCGACCGACCCCACGACCACGACACUGCCCGUCGCCACUGAUCCUGUUGCCAACGUCACAUCCUCGGCCGGUGCCACUGUCGCCCCUACCACAUCGUUGCCUGUUCCGACGGAGCCCGCUGUGAGCGCCACCUCGAGUGAGCUUCCAGUCGAGUCCACAACAUCGCUGCCUGCUGCCAGCGAGCCGGUCGUUAACAUCACGUCCUCUACCGAGAUUCCCGCGUCUGCUUCUGCAACCGUUCUCCCCACUGGCAUUGCCAAUGCCACCUCGACCGACGCAUCUGCACCUACGACUUCGGCUACUGGCGGUACUGAGAUUCCUUUGAACAGCACCUCCUCGGGGCUUCCGACGACCACCGCGCAGCUUCCGACCUUGACCGACCUUCCCACCUCGCUCACAUCCAUCAGCAACGCGACCGCGACCAACACUGUGACUGGAGCACCCACUGCCUCUGUUUCUCUGUCGUCCACUUCUAUCGCCAAUGAGACAGCUACCGCUACUGAGCCCGUUCUUACCACCACUAGCGAUAUCCUUACCUCAGCUACUGAGAUCCCAACCUCUGCUACGGUCCCUGCGAACACGUCGGAGGCCCUCACGGAGACUGUUGUGGAGACCACUCCCACCGUCACGCCGCCACCACCUACCGCCACCCCGGUGGUCACCAGCAUCCCAGCUACGGCCACGAUCACUGAUUCUGAGUCAUGGCUCCCGAGUACCAUCAUCGUGGAGCAGUCUACCUCGCUCAGCACGCCCACGGAGGCUCUGGCUCCCACGUCAACAGUUCCGCUGCCUACCGACCUGCCCAAGGUUAUCAGCGGACCCAACCCCAAUAUUGAACAACCCAAGGAUUCCAUGCUUCUCCAGAUCGGUUUCUUGCACGGCGAGAAUUACCAGCACGUCAGCAAGAAUCCCAACGCAGCCGCUCAGAUCUUCAGUUUCCUGCCCCAGGCUCUGGCGGAUGCGGCUGGUAUUGAUAUCAGCCAGAUUCAGAUGACGAAGCUCGUCCCAUACGAUACGUCUCAAACUCUCGGCUACAUCACCACGCUCGCCAAGUUCUAUUACCCUCGCAGCAUGGUCGAUACACUGCGCAUGGAUAUCAAAAUCCCCAACUCGGCCAUUUACAACAACCCGAACCCCCUCAUCUAUAACCUUACGCAGAACAUCAAUCCCGCCAUUGAGAUCAUUCCAGGCAUGGAGGAUGACGGCGGCUCUACCGGCGAUAACGGCUCUCCGUCGUCCUCGACCCCCAACAAUUCCAACGACCCUUUCGGCGGCGACGACGACAGCUCCAAGCAGUCCCCUAUCCAGAAAGGAACCGCUGCCGCUAUCGGUAUCGGCGCUGUUGGCGUUGCUGCCGCGUAUGGUGCCGCCAUGUUCAUCAUUGCCCGCCGCUACAAGCAGAAGAAGCAGGCGCACCGUCGAGCAAGCUCCCUGACUUCUCGCGAGAUGCGGUACGCUGAUGCCGGCAGCCCGCCUAUGAUGGGCGGUGCUCUGAUGAGCCGAGACUUCUCCAACUACGGCGGAGUCGCCGGCGGCCGUGAAAGCCAUGGCAGUGGCCGCACUGGACGGAGCGGUAUGGGUAACUCGGCGCGAACGGCUGUCAUUUCGGCCCCGGUCGCUGCUGAGAACUCCCUUGGCUGGAACUGA